CAAUUGUAUGACCGAGCCGGUGCUCCAGUGAGUGAUACUUAUCGCGUCAAUAGGAAUGGUGUACAGCCGACGGGUGAAAGAACCUGGCCAGCGCCAGUGGGAUCAGACACGCGCAACACCACUGGAGAUAGUGAUGAGUACGUCAAGGUAAGCUCGAAUCGUCAUGCUCCACCCACACCACUUUUUUCAUAG